GGCAGCCAAGAGGGAGUCCUCCUAAAUCAGACAUCACUUCCACACUUCUUUCCCUUCUAGACCCUUGAAAACCCUCUCCCUCUCAUCAAAUUCACCAUCGAUCGAUAAACGAAACAGGUCCUGAUAGAUGGAAGAAAAUCCGUCACCCACAAUUUUGGAAGGGAGGAUAACUGGAAUCAGUUUUUCUUUGGCGACCCGUCAAGAAAUUUGCUUGUCCUCCAUCAGCGACUGUCCCAUUAGCCAUGCCAGUCAGCUUACAAAUCCUUUUCUUGGACUUCCACUUGAAGCCGGGAAAUGUGAAGCAUGUGGAACUGCAGAACCCGGGAAGUGUGAAGGCCAUUUUGGGUAUAUAGAGUUGCCGGUUCCAAUAUAUCAUCCGUCGCAUAUUAGCGAGUUGAAGCGCAUACUGAGUUUGAUAUGUCUCAAGUGCUUAAAGUUCAAAAAUAGAAGGAUGCAGACCAAGAACGCUGGUGUACUUGAAAGAGCUUUUGCCUCUUGUUGUGACGAUGCUGCACAAGUUACCGUCAAUGAAGCUAAAUCCACAGAAGGCGCAUGCUACUUGGAGCUCAAACUUCCAUCGAGAACAAGACCUAGAGAAGGUUUCUGGGAUUUUCUUGAUAGAUUUGGUUAUCACUACGGUGAUGGCGUUUCUCGGCCAUUACUUUCAUCUGAGGUGUUGGCAAUUCUAAAGAAAAUUCCUGAGGCAACCAAAAGAAAGCUAGCUGGGAAAGGGUGUUUCUUCCAGGAAGGGUAUAUCAUGCAAUAUCUUCCUGUCCCUCCAAAUUGUUUGUCGACACCAGACGUAUCUGAUGGCAUGAGUGUUAUGUCUUCGGAUAUCUCAAUGACUAUGCUUAAAAAGGUUUUGAGGCAAGUGGAAAUCAUCAAGAGUUCAAGGUCAGGGGUGCCAAAUUUCGAGUCUCUUGAGGUUGAAGUAAAUGAUUUGCAAGCAGCUGUGGCUCAAUAUCUUCAAUCCAGGGGUGCUAAGGCCUCCCCUAACAGAAAUACCCGAUAUGGGAUUGCUAAAGAGCUAAAUGAUUCUUCUUCUACGAAAGCAUGGCUUGAAAAGAUGAAAACACUCUUCAUUAGUAAAGGGUCUGGAUUUUCUUCCCGUAGUGUCAUAACCGGAGAUCCCUAUAAAGGUGUUGGUGAGAUUGGAAUACCUUUUGAGAUAGCUCAGAGGAUAACAUUUGAAGAGAGGGUCACUGAGUAUAACAUGAAGUUCCUCCAAAAGCUAGUAGAUGACAAGUUAUGCUUAACAUAUAGGGAUGGCCAAUCAACUUAUUCAUUGAGAGAAGGCUCCAAAGGUCAUACGUUUUUGAAACCGGGCCAAAUUGUCCACAGGAAGAUAAUGGAGGGAGAUGUAAUUUUUAUCAAUAGGCCACCAACUACCCACAAACACUCACUUCAGGCGCUAUCAGUGUAUAUCCAUGAUGAUCAUACUUUUAAGAUCAAUCCCCUUAUUUGUGGGCCACUUAGUGCUGAUUUUGAUGGCGAUUGUAUUCAUAUCUUCUACCCCCAGUCUCCUGAAGCUAAAGCAGAGGUUUUAGAGUUAUUUGCAGUAGAGAAACAACUGCUAAGCUCUCAUAGUGGAAACGUCAAUCUGCAGCUUGGCACAGACUCUUUGUUAUCGCUUAAAACCUUGUUCAAGACUUAUUUCUUUACCAAAGCUCAAGUCCAACAGUUAGCAUUGUUUACAUCAAAUUCGUUGCCUACACCAUCAAUGUUAAAGGUUCAUCGCAGUGGCCCAUUGUGGACUGUUUUGGAGUUGCUAGAGACUUCUCUACCCCGUGGAUUUGAUUGUUCUGGGGAUAAAUUCUUGAUUCGUGAUAGCAAAAUCCUGAAGCUAGACUAUAGUCGGGAUGUGAUACAGUCCAUUGUUAAUGAUGUUAUUAGCUCAAUUUUUUUUAGUAAAGGUCCGAAAGAGGUAUUGAAACUUUUCAAUUCUUUACAACCCAUGUUGAUGGAAAAUCUCUGUUGUGAAGGAUUUAAUCUAAGUUUGGAAGACUUCAUUGUUCCCAAGAAUGUUUUAAGAAGUAUUGAAGCUGAAAUCCAGGAGGUUUCUUCGUUGUUAUAUCACUUGAGGUCAAACUAUAACGAGGUGAUAGCAUUACAACUAGAGAAACAUCUGCGUGUUGUAAAAGGGCCCAUUUCGGAAUUUAUCUUGAGAUUUUCAUCAAUGGGAAAUUUGAUAGACUCCAAGAGUGAUUCAGCUGUUACUAGGAUUGUGCAACAAAUUGGAUUUUUGGGCCUACAGAUCUUGGAGAAGGGAAGGCUUUAUUCUAGAACGUUGGCUGAAGAUUUGUCUUCCCAUUUUCUUGGUAAUUAUCCUUUUCCUGACAAAUACCCAUCCGAGGAAUUUGGGUUGGUCAGAAGCUGUCUUUUCCAUGGGCUGGAUCCUUACCAAGAGAUGGUUCAUUCAAUAGCUAGUAGAGAAGUGAUGGUUCGAUCAUCUAGAGGAUUGACAGAGCCUGGAACACUGUUCAAGAACUUAAUGGCCAUCCUCCGUGAUGUGGUGAUUUGCUAUGAUGGAACUGUUAGAAAUGUCUGCAGUAAUUCGAUUAUUCAGUUCGAAUAUGGGGUGAAGACACAAAAUUUGUUUGCUGCUGGUGAGCCUGUGGGAGUAUUGGCUGCAACUGCCAUGUCAAACCCUGCAUACAAGGCAGUUCUUGAUUCGUCUCCAAACAGUAAUUCUUCAUGGAACAUGAUGAAAGAGAUUCUGCUUUGUGGAGUGAAUUUUAAGAACGUUCUUAAUGAUCGUCGGGUUAUCCUCUAUUUAAAUGAUUGUGAUUGUGGGGGGAAGUAUUGCCUUGAGAAUGCUGCAUAUCUGGUCAAAAAUCAUUUGCGAAAAGUCAGCCUCAAGGACGUUGCCUUGGAAUUUCUCAUAGAAUAUAAAAGACAGCAAACAACAUAUGAGAAUGCUGAAAUCGACGCCGGACUUGUUGGUCAUGUUCACCUCAAUAAGACGCAGUUGAAAGAAUCAAAUAUCAGCAUGGAAGAGGUUCUUACAAAAUGUGAAGACACCCUGAACUCUUUCCGGAAGAAGAAAAAAAUCGGUCAAUUUUUCAAAAAAAUAGCUUUGUCUUGCAGCGAAUGUACUUUCCAGCAGUCAUCUGAAAGCAAGUGGACACCGUGCUUGAAGUUUUUUUGGCAAGACACUUCUGAUAUCCAUCUAGAGAAAACUGCACAUAUAUUUGCCGACAGAAUUUGCCCUGUUCUAUUAAAUACUAUUAUAAAAGGUGAUCCGCGGGUUAGAGAAGCAAAUAUUACUUGGAUCAGUCCUGAAACGACAGCUUGGAUCAGAAAUCCAAGUAAGGAUACAAAGGGUGAGUUGGCAAUUGAUGUUGUUCUUGAGAAAGAAGCGGUUAAGAAAAGCGGUGAUGCAUGGAGGACAGUCAUGGACUCUUGCCUUCCAAUAAUCCAUUUGAUUGACACAAGGCGCUCCAUUCCUUAUGCAAUCAAACAAGUUGAGGGUCUUCUUGGCAUAUCUUGUGCUUUUGAGCAAGCUGUUCAGCGCCUCUCGACCUCUGUGUCAAUGGUUUCCAAAGGCAUGCUGAAAGAGCACCUGCUUCUGUUGGCCAAUAGCAUGACUUGUGCAGGAAAUUUGGUUGGCUUCAACCAAGCGGGAAUAAAGGCGCUCUCUAAGACGCUUAAUUUCCAAGUACCCUUUUCUGAAGCAACAUUAUACACACCAAAAAGAUGUUUCGAGAAGGCAGCUGAGAAGUGCCAUUCUGAUUCAUUAUCGAGCAUUGUGGCUGCUUGUUCUUGGGGCAAACCUGUAGCUGUGGGUACAGGAUCUCGGUUUGAUAUUCUUUGGGACACAAGAGAGGUUGAAAUGAACCAGAAAGACGGUAUUGAUGUCUACAACUUCCUUCAUUUGGUAAGGGGUGGCUCUGAAGAAGAAGCUGAUAGUGCGGGCCUUGCUGGUGAAGUUGACAGCUUUGAAAUGGAGGAUAAUUUCAUGGAAAUGGGUUCUCCUGAACAUAAUUCUGGUUCUACUAAACCAGUUUUUGAGGAUGGUUUGGAUUUGGAUCUUGAUGAAAUGGAUGACAAUCAAACUAGCAAAUCGAGUUGGGAAAAGGGUCCGGAAGUUGGGGCGGCCAGUGGUGGCUGGGAGGGAGUUGUCAAGACCACAGCAGCAACCGAAGGUGGUUGGGGGGAAGCAAAAUCUGACAAGGAUCAGCCAGUAGGAGGAGCUUGGGGUGGUUGGGGUAAAAAAGACGUCCAAGCUGAUGCAUCUGGAUCGUGGGGAGCGAAAACUCAAAAAGACGUUGAGCCGUCUGGAUCAUGGGGAGCGAAAGCUCAAAAAGACGUUGAGCCAUCUGGAUCAUGGGGAGCGAAAGCUCAAAAAGACGUUGAGCCGUCUGGAUCGUGGGGAGCGAAGGCCCAAAAAGACGUUGAGCCGUCUGGAUCGUGGGGAGCGAAGGCCCAAAAAGACGUNGCCGUCUGGAUCGUGACUAAGCAUAUGAAGUUCCAAGAAAGUCGGUGUUUUUACGUUGUGUCGACAGAUGGGCGCAAAGAAGAUUUUUCGUACCGAAAAUGUCUGGAGAACUUUGUGAGGGGAAAAUAUCCCGACAAAGUGGAUGAGUUCAUGCCCAAAUAUUUCAAGAAGCCUCAGCCUCGUCCUGCUGGUAAUAGAGAGCGUGGCUCGGGUGGUCCAGAAGAUGCUGGGACCCCUCGUUCUCAGUCGGGGUGGAAACGUGACUCCAGUGAUGAAGCCGGUACCCCUCGGGCUCGGUCAGGAUGGAAUCGUGAGUCGGCAGAUGAAGCUGGGACCCCUCGUUCUCAAUCGGGGUGGAACCGUGAGUCCAACGUGGCGGCAGAUGAGGCUGGAACGCCACCUGUGUCUGGGUGGAACAAGGAGGCUGGAACACCUGUAUCAGGGUGGAACAAGGAUUCGAGCACAGCUGUACCAGAGGGUGGGGUGGCAACUGGUGCUUCGGGAUGGAAUCAGUCGGGAUCUAGCGGCACGGUGGCACCAAAGGAGGGCGGGGCAGCUGCUGGUUCGGGAUGGAAUCAGUCGGGAUCUAGCGGCACGGCGGCACCAAAGGAGGGCGGGGCAGCUGCUGGUUCGGGAUGGAACCAGGCGGGAUCUAGCGGCACGGUGGCACCAAAGGAGGGUGGGGCGGCGGCUGGUUCAGGAUGGAAUCAGGCGGGAUCUAGCAGCAUGGUGGCACCAAAGGAGGGUGGGGCGGCAGCUGGUUCCGGAUGGAAUCAGGUGGGAUCUAGCGACGCGGUGGCACCAAAGGAGGGUGGGGCGGCGGCUGGUUCGGGUUGGAAUCAGGCAGGAUCUAGCGGCACAAUGGCACCAAAGGAGGGUGGGGCACCUGCUGCUUCAGGAUGGAAUCAGGCGGGAGCGGAAGAGGGUGGGGCAGGUUCUGCCUCGGGGUGGAAUCAGGCGGGAUCUAGCAGCAAGACGAAAUCGGGAUGGGGAUCUUAG